GAUUUGAUGCUUCGCUAUUAUUUAUAGUGAUAUUGCUUUAUUCGUGCUUUCAACCAUUUCCGAAGUAAUAAAAAUCCUUUUAGACGCGAAAAUUCGGUCACCAAUGCUUAAGGCGAAAAAGAGAAUGGGAGAGAAACAAAUAAUAGCUCUCCAAGCGUGGAGAGUUCUCCAUUCGUUUAAACCAUGAAACAGUUUAACGGUUAACGGAACCGUGGAGAUAGCCAACAACCCAUUUCGUGCCGAGUCGCCUUCGGAGCAGCAUUACCGAUUGCUCCCCUGCUUUGGUUGGAAAACCGAAUCACAGCAUCCUACAUGGUUUCACAGCCCUUUCCACACUCUCUCGUGGUAGAAAAACCGGAUUAAAAACAGGCCUAGUGUACGCCUAUAGAAAGUGUCGCCUUCGUGCCUUAUCGCCUGUGAAUACCAACUGAAAGACGCAAGUGAAACACGAUCAGGAAUAUUUCAUUACGUCAGAGGCAUCAUAAAACAGAACCGAAAAAUCAUUCUGGUGUUGGAGUGCCGUGGCGUAGAACACAGCAGUAAGUCGAUGACCUUGAGAGUAGCGAGUUACCAGAACGAAGAGCGAAAAGCAAACUUCUUUUGGAAGCGUUUGAAUCUUCGUCGGUUGAUAUUUGGAUCUAUGAAAAGUGAUGCUGGAAAGAAAACCUGACUACUUCAUAGCAUCCAACGGAAGACCCGCUAUGGAAUCUCACUGGGUUAACUCACCAACCCCCCAUUUCCGUUCAGCAGCUAUUCCUAACAAGUCAUACUUCGAAGAAAUGAGAGUGAGAAACCACAAAACCGUGAAAUGUCUGAACAAUUUAGCAAUCCAAAAUGGAAGGGUCAUCCAUAGCUCGGUACCUCAAGCUCCCUCCAGUAGCAAACCCGCUGAUAACAGCAACAACAUAGCCGACAGCAGACGUUGUGAGAUAUCAUCCAUAAACUCGACAAACAGCAGAUUUGCUACUCGUCAUAGUCUCGUAGUAUCAAAGACACUCUCACCAGUGUUACUUCGUAAGCGUAGGAGCAUACCCCAUCACAUUAACCAGCGCAGUACUUCAACAUCUUCCAAUACAAGGCACGGUUCUACCAGAAGUCUUGUAGUGCCGGUUCAACCCAAGUGCUCCAAGCCACACGCGCAAUUAGACAAUCGACUAUCUAAUCAACGAAGUUAUGACCGCAACAUUUUUGGUUUUACUCAAAAAGCAGAGCAAUUCGUGUUACCUCCAUUGCCCACCUGAUAAACCUAACAUGAUUCGAUCGUGUCCGUAAUGAAACAGCCGAUAUCAAUAAAGUGUAUUAGGUCACACUGAUGCUUAAAAUAA